ACUUGGGGAAUUGGUAUGUGUGAGGCUGCUAACAUGUGACAUGUCAGUGAGUGUAACAUUGGGAAAUAAUAUUGGUCAAGGUAAAAAUAGAACUUUACCCAGACAUACUAAAUAUAGAUGACUCAUAGAUGUGGAUUGUGUUUCCCGCUGGUAAACAAGCAGCUAAAGCUAGAAAGGAGCAGAAAAAAUACAUAUCACAGAAGCUCUUUUUACUCAGGAAUAGUAAACAUGAAGGUGGACAGGACUGGAAUUGACAUUCCCGUGUAUGACCUCUCAGUGAUACGCAAUCUUUGGGAGGGCCGGGUGAAAAAAUACAAGCAGUAUCAGAAAAAAGAACAGGAAAGGAUCAACAAAAGUGCCCUGGCCAAGAUAAAUCAGCAGUGGCAGUAUCGCAUAAUAUGCAGAAAAAUGAAGACCAACGAAGUCACUGCUCUCCAGUGCUAUCUGGAAAGAUCAGCCUUCACAGAAAUGGGCAUUUUACCCACAGUUCAUACAAGCAUUGACAGUGAAGAAAAGAAAUUCAUUUUUGAGCUGAGUGGAGAUAAAUGGAAGAAACUACCAGAAGAUCUUCAGUAUAUGACUUAUCUGCGAGAAUGGCACAUUCAUAAAACACAAAUUCAAAAGCUGCCUGAAUACAUCGAACAGUUUGUGGACUUGUGUAUCUUAAACAUACCUAAAAACAGACUCACACAGCUUCCAGCUGAGAUAGGAAAACUGGCAAACCUAAAAGAACUGAAUAUGAAUUACAAUAAGUUAUCAAGCAUUCCACCUGAGCUUGGAGAGUGUGAAAAUCUGGAGAAACUGGAAAUGGCUGCAAAUUUAGACCUCAGUGAACUGCCUUUUGAGCUGAGCAACUUAAAAAAACUUAAACAUCUAGACCUAGCAGAAAAUAAAUUUGCCACUAUACCAGUCAGUGUACUUCGAAUGUCAAGCCUUCAGUGGUUGGACAUCAGUAAGAACAGUCUUCGUGAUUUGCCAGAGGAUAUUGAUAGGUUGGAAGAGUUACAGACGUUGUUCCUCCAUAAAAACAAAUUGAAAUAUCUACCAAUGUCAACAGCAAAUAUUGUCACCCUCAGAAUGCUUGUUGUCAGUGGAGAUGAACUGACCUGUCUUCCUGCCAACCUCACAGAAAAUCCUAAUCUAAAAUUCAUAAAAUUAUUUGAUAAUCCAACAAGCUUGGAUAUCAGUGAGGAUAAGAAAGAUAACACACUCGAGCAGACUGAGCAUGACAAGGAGUUUAUGCAGGCCUAUAUUGACACUCUCAAAGACAGAGAAACAGCACCAGUGUACACCACCAAAGUGUCCCUGACUUGCCUUCUUUAAUCAACCUGAAGAUUCCAGAGCCAACUGGGAAAUCAGCAAUAGGAAUAAAACCAUAAUCAAUGAAGUCGUUAAAAUACUUCUGUAUGUUUUGGUGUUAUAUGCAAGACAUGUAAUAGAAAACAAUCCUCCUAUUUCCCAGAAGCAUGUCAACAAAAAACUCCAUUACAUCUAUGCAAGAUGUAAGUUUUCCAAACUUGUGUGUGUGUGCGCGUGCACGUGUGUGACUGAUACUGAAUGGGUUUUAUAUCUCACAAGAUUUAGUUUAGGAAAUAGUGCACUGACAAGACCAAACCCUUAUUGCUGGACAAUGGUCUAUUGAGUUUGUUUACUAUAAGUUAGUUAUUGGGAAAUGUGAAUAUUCAUUUAUGGAUUUGACAUGUAUUGAGAGCAGUGAUUUGUAUGAUAAUUUUGUCUGUGUAUAAUUAAAAGGUG